UAUUCCGAUCUAACCUAGACGAGAUUUUCUAACCUUUGCUUCAAAAAUAGAUAAACAUUUUCCGUGUGAAUAUAAGUCAGUACAUGGUUUUUUAAUAUCGUUAAAAAUGGCUGAUUUUGACACAGACUUGUUUAAUGCUUUUGAAGAAGCCAACGACAAUGUCGUAGAAAUUAUUCCACAAACCACUGAACCAGAAGCCGGAAGUUCCAGUCACAAGAACGAUGAAGCUAGCACGAAUCGGAAACGCGAAAACGAUGAUGUCGAUGACGCGGGCACGAAGAAGAUGAAAGUCGAGUCAAUUCUUGAUGACAUCAACGUUGAUGAGCUAGUCUCGCAAAUAAAGAUCCACAAAAUAGAAGCUAUCGAAUCAUGUACUCACGAAGUGGCAGUCCCUCCAGACCACGACUACAUUCCUUUGGAGAUUAAAACAACCCCUCCGGCAAAAGAAUAUAAAUUCAUUCUCGAUCCAUUUCAACGAGAAGCCAUUCUCUGCAUCGAAAACAAUCAAUCAGUUUUGGUCUCAGCUCACACGUCAGCUGGCAAAACCGUAGUAGCUGAAUAUGCCAUUGCCUGUUCGUUGAGAGACAAACAACGAGUUAUUUAUACAACCCCAAUCAAAGCUCUGAGUAACCAAAAAUAUCGAGAGUUCUAUGAAGAAUUCAAAGACGUUGGGCUUAUUACCGGAGAUGUUACGAUAAAUCCAACAGCUAGUAUUCUGAUCAUGACCACAGAAAUUCUGAGAAAUAUGUUGUAUAGAGGAUCAGAAGUGAUGAGAGAAGUAGGAUGGGUGAUUUUUGAUGAAAUUCAUUAUAUGAGGGAUAAGGAGCGAGGGGUUGUAUGGGAGGAAACAUUAAUUUUAUUGCCUGAUAAUGUACAUUAUGUUUUCCUCUCAGCCACCAUUCCCAAUGCUCGACAAUUUGCCGAGUGGGUAGCACAUCUUCACCAUCAACCUUGUCACGUAGUUUACACUGACUACCGUCCAACACCUUUGCAGCAUUAUAUAUUUCCAGCUGGAGGUGAUGGUAUCCACUUAGUAGUAAAUGAGGACGGUCAGUUUAAAGAGGACAACUUUAAUAGAGCGAUGGCCUGUCUUCAGAACUCGGGUGAAGCUUCUAAAGGUGACCAAAAAGGCAGAAGGGGUGGGUUCCGCGGAGGGAGUGCUGAUUCCUCCAACAUCUUCAAGAUUGUCAAAAUGAUUAUGGAGAGGAACUUUGCUCCAGUCAUCAUUUUCAGUUUUUCUAAGAAGGAUUGCGAGCUGUAUGCUAUGCAAAUGGCACAAUUAGACCUCAAUUCGCCUCAAGAAAAAUUACUAGUUGAUGAAGUAUUCAUGAAUGCCAUGGAUGUGUUGAGCGAGGAGGAUAAAAAGUUGCCUCAAGUGGAAAAUGUACUUCCGCUGCUGCGAAGAGGAAUCGGAAUCCAUCAUGGAGGCUUACUUCCGAUUUUGAAGGAGACGGUAGAGAUCCUUUUUGGUGAAGGAUUGAUAAAAGCCUUGUUUGCUACUGAAACAUUUGCUAUGGGGUUGAACAUGCCUGCAAGGACAGUUUUAUUCACAGCCCCAAGGAAAUUUGAUGGGAAAGAGUUCAGGUGGAUUACAUCAGGUGAAUAUAUUCAGAUGUCAGGACGUGCUGGCAGAAGAGGCCUCGACGAGAAGGGAAUAGUCAUUCUAAUGAUUGAUGAACAAGUCAGCCCUGUAGUAGGAAAGGCAAUUGUUCAGGGAAAAGCAGAUCCAAUUAACUCCGCUUUUCACCUGACUUAUAACAUGGUUUUGAAUCUUUUAAGAGUCGAGGAGAUUAACCCGGAGUACAUGUUAGAAAGAAGUUUCUAUCAAUUCCAGAAUCAAGCCGCCAUUCCGGAUCUUUAUAACAAAGUAAAAGAAUUACAACAAACUUAUGAUCAAAUCGAAGUUGAAAAGUUCACGCAAAUUUCGGCAUACCAUGAGAUUCGGGAACAGCUAGAUAAAUUUGGAGGAGAUUUCCGGAAUUAUUUGACGAAGCCAGAGUACCUUGUUCCAUUUCUGCAACCUGGAAGAAUGGUGAAAAUAAAGAAUCAACAUGCAUUCGACUGGGGAAUCGUAGUCAAUUUCAAAAAGAAAAAUUCGAGAAAUCCUAAAGAAAGCGCAAGCAUAAUUGUUGACGUUCUUCUUCAUGUAUCCAAGAACUCGAAAGAAGACGCUCCAAUCCCGUGUGCUCAGGGUGAGGAAGGCGAAGUUGAAGUCGUGCCCGUCCUACAUACUUUAAUCUCCCAAAUAAGUUCGCUCAGACUCAAAUAUCCCAAGGAUUUAAGACCCGCAGAUAAUCGUAAGAAGGUCUUAAAAACUAUUCAGGAAGUAAAAAGACGGUUUCCAGAUGGUCCUCCACUCCUAAAUCCUAUAACUGAAAUGAGGAUUGAAGAUUCGCUAUUCAAAGAUAUUGUAAAAAAAAUUGAAAUAUUAGAGGAAAGAUUAUAUAAACAUCCGCUACACAAGGAUCCACAUCUUGAUGAAAUUUACAAUAAUUUUUCUAAGAAGCAAGAUGUGGGAAUGAAAUUGAAAGAGGCGAAGCAGGAACUGAAACAGGCCAAGUCUGUGCUUCAGAUGGAUGAAUUAAAAUGCAGGAAGAGGGUUUUGAGGAGAAUGGCCUACUGCACUGCUGCAGAUGUUAUCGAGCUCAAGGGACGAGUUGCCUGUGAAUUGAAUGGUGCAGAUGAAUUACUGCUUACUGAAAUGAUUUUCAAUGGCUUAUUCAAUUCGUUGAGUAUACCACAGGUUGCUGCAUUACUAAGUUGUUUUGUUUGUGAUGAAAAGUCCUCAGAAAUGCCAAAAACCACUAAUGAGCUGAGUGGGCCAUUGAGACAGAUGCAGGAUCUUGCCAGAAGAAUUUCUAAAGUGUCCUCCGAGGCCCAUUUGGAACUUGAUGAGGAUUCAUAUGUGGAGAGCUUCAAACCAUAUCUAAUGGAUGUUGUGUAUGCUUGGUGCAAAGGCGCCAGUUUUCUCCAGAUCUGCAAGAUGACGGAUAUUUUUGAGGGAUCCAUCAUCAGAUGUAUGAGACGACUCGAGGAAGUUUUGAGACAACUAACACAAGCUGCAAAGAAUAUUGGAAAUACUGAUUUAGAGAAUAAAUUCAGUGAGGCCAUUAAAAUUAUGAAACGUGACAUCGUUUUUGCAGCCUCGCUUUAUUUGUAAUGAAUAUCGUUUGAAAAUCUAUUUCGGUACAAAUAUGAAACUCAGAUGAGUUGAUUUCAUGUAGCAAAUAUGAAAAGAAUAUUGAAUGAAAUUGUAGAUUUCUUCCAAUUUAUAGAUUUUUUUAUUUUCCAAAAACAGAUCUCGGUUUAAAACAUACAAUACAAGAAUCGAGGGUAGGUCCUUCCUUUCAAAUCAUCGAAUAACAUUUGUUUUCAAAAUUUUCAUCGUUUGUCUUUACUUGAUUUGUUUUGUAUCUUUUUACUGUGUUCUUAUAAAAUAGAGCUUGUGUGUAAUACCAUGUCAGAUUAAAAAGAUACAGCACAUUUAUUUUUUAAUUUCUAGGACGAAAGACAACGCAUUUCAAUGUUGUCGGGCUAAAAAAUGGAUGAAUUUUCAAUAAAUAAAUACAAUUUUU